AUGGCUAAUAACGAUUACAAUGGGGAGGUGAUCACCAUCGAUUCAGACGACGAUGACUUGGAGGUGACGCACGAGUCGCGUAAUCUUCUUUCUAGCUCAUCAAGUGCGGUAAAGAUCCAGCCCGUGGACAGCGAUGAAGAAGACGCCAACGAUGGCGAGCUAGCGUAUAAGAAGUUCAAGGAACGCAAGUCCCUCAAGCGAAAACAAGAUGCAGCAGCAACCCGCAAGGCCAAAAUGCCCAGGGGAGAUCCAAUUGUUGGUCGAGUAAAAAAAGAGCGACCAACGUCUCAGGCUAAGCGGCCAUUGAAACAAUGGGGCGAGGUGUCUUCGGAGGACGAGUCAAUGGAGAAUAACUUGCCUGGAUAUCUCAAGACCCGUCGCAGUCAGUUCGACCAGAAGCACGAACAUCUGAAAGCUCAUGGACUGAAGCUACCACCCACCUACGAGGAUGUUGAUUUCUCCGAUGACGAACGGCUUGAAGAAUUACAAGAAAGACCUGUCUUUCCGGAUAACACCCGAAAGCAGGAAUAUAAGGACAUCGAACUGCCAUAUUCCAUGGGCAUUAUUCCCGCUCCGAUCGCCCAGUGGUUGCGGCAGUACCAAGUGGAGGGAGUUGCGUUUCUCCACGAGCUGUUUGUAUAUCAAAAGGGUGGUGUCCUAGGAGACGACAUGGGUCUUGGAAAAACCAUUCAGGUGAUUGCUUUCUUGACCGCCGCAUAUGGAAAAACAGGGGACGAACGGGAUGCAAAACGCAUGCGAAAGAUGCGCAGAUCUGAUGACAACGCUUGGUAUCCACGCACGCUCAUCGUGUGCCCGGGAACCCUUAUCGCAAACUGGAGGGCUGAGUUCACGCGCUGGGGGUGGUGGCAUGUUGAUAGCUACCACGGGGAGAACAAGGACCUUGCCCUUGAUGCGGCAAAGUCAGGGAGAGUGGAAGUCUUGAUUACAACAUACACCACUUAUAUGAACAACAAAAACGCUGUCAAUAUGAUUGAAUGGGACUGUGUGAUCGCAGACGAGUGUCACAAGAUCAAGGAGCGCAAGUCAGGGACCACCCAGUCUAUGAAUGAGAUCAAUGCGUUAUGUCGGAUAGGACUCACCGGCACGGCCAUCCAGAAUAAAUAUGAAGAACUAUGGACCCUUCUCAACUGGACAAACCCCGGUGUUUUAGGUCCGGUAAGCACCUGGAAGGCACAGAUAUCGGACCCUCUGAAGAUCGGACAAUCGCACGAUGCCACCUUGAGCGAGCUCAGUAGAGCACGGAGAACAGCCAAGAAGCUGGUUGAGAACUUACUUCCACAAUUUUUCAUCAGAAGGAUGAAAUCCUUGAUCGCGGACCAGCUGCCCAAAAAGAUCGACCGGGUUGUCUUUUGUCCUCUGACUGAGACACAAGCCGAAGCCUAUGAGAAAUUCCUUGAUAGUGACAUUGUGGAUUAUAUCAAGACAUCUACAGAGCCAUGCGAUUGUAAAUCGGGCAAGAAGGCCGGCUGGUGUUGUCGCAGCCUUAUCCCCGAUAGGGACCCUCCAAACUGGCAAUCCUAUGUGUUUCCUGCUAUAAAUGUGCUUCAAAAGCUCAGCAAUCAUCUGGCAAUCCUGAUCCCGCAAGGAGCAGACCCAAAAGAGAAGCAGGAAAAAGAUAGAGAUUAUCUGGAACUUGCGCUACCUGAACAAUGGGAAGAUCUCUACCGCUCGCGCGACUCGAUCGUCAACUACGCCAACCCCGAGUUUUGCGGUAAAUGGAAGGUUCUGCGGAAGCUACUCAAGUGGUGGCAUUCGAAUGGAGACAAAGUUCUUAUCUUUUCGCACAGCGUGCGUCUUCUCAAGAUGUUGCAAAUGCUGUUUCAUCACACUAGCUACAACGUCAGCUACCUGGAUGGAUCUAUGAGUUUACAAGACCGUGCAAAAGCUGUAGACGAGUUCAAUGCCGACUCCCGACAGUUUGUUUUCCUAAUAUCAACCAAGGCUGGUGGUGUUGGGUUGAACAUCACCUCGGCAAACAAAGUGGUAGUCGUUGAUCCAAACUGGAACCCGUCCUAUGACUUGCAGGCCCAGGACCGGGCCUACCGCAUAGGACAACUUCGCGACGUGGAAGUCUUCCGGCUGAUUUCUGCCGGCACAAUCGAAGAGAUCGUCUACGCUCGACAAAUCUACAAGCAGCAACAGGCAAACAUUGGAUACAACGCAAGCUCCGAGCGUCGGUACUUCAAAGGCGUUCAAGAAAAGAAAGAUCAAAAGGGCGAGAUCUUUGGUCUGAAGAAUUUCUUCGGGUAUCAGAACACGAACAUCGUUCUACGCGACAUCGUCAACAGAACGAAUGUCGCUGAAAGCCGUGCGGGGGUAGAAGUCGUCGACAUAGAUCUCAAAGCAGAAGAAGAAGGCUACGACUACACCGAUCGACCAAUGAAAUCCGAAGACGAGGCAAUGAGCCAACUCGCAUCGAUGAUCUGCGGCGACGAGGACGAAAAAGACAACAAGCCUUCAGCCAAUCUUCCAACACCGCAUAAACACGACCCCGUUCAAGCGAUUCUCGCAAGCGCAGGCGUGGAAUACACCCACCUUAACAAUGAAGUGAUCGGUUCAUCGCGUGUGGAGGAAGACCUCAGUCGUCGUGCUGAACUAGCUCAAGAUGAUACGACAGGUGACCGUCAGGUCUUUAUGUCCUCGCAACCUUUCUCCCAGCCGGCGGAGGAACCUAUGCGGUUCAAGUAUCAUCCUCCGGAGGCUGUCAUACGUCGCCAGUUUUGUAGUAUGGCGCGGCGGUUUGGGUUCGCUGAUGCUACGGAGUUUGCGCUCGUUGUUGAGGGUAUGACCCAGGCGCAGCGGAGAGCUUGUCUUGACCAGUGGUAUCGGGAGAGGAGGGAGAUACUACUUUCUGCGGCUCAAAACACCCCUGAGGGGGAGUGGAUCAAGGAUGAGAAGGUUCCUGAGGAUAUGGAUGAAGAUGAAUGGAUCAAAGAUGAAAAGGGCCCCAAGGAGGAGAGUCCGGGUCCUUGA